UCCGCGAAUACGAGAUACGAGGAAAGCUAGUGUUUUCCCGUUUUCCGGUCGUUGCGUUAUCAAGUAUAUUAAGUUUAGGUUAAGUUAUGUUAAAUUUCAUUCUUUGACGUGUGAGCAUUAGUAAAUGAGUCCGAUUAAAGUUUAUUAAAGUAUAUAUUCGCAUAUACGAUUCGCAUAUACGAGAGACAUAUUGCCUUAUUGUAAAUCUCACAAAAUAUCCGUAACAUCUUUCUUCGAACAACAAACGCAACACAAAAGGAUAAAAAGUCUUAGUUGAAACAGUUGAAUUGAUUUCGUGAGAUUAUAUGAGUGUAACUGCAUUUUUAUCCGAAGUACUAUCAUGACCGACGUUUUAUAAAAGUUUACUACACUGCCAAAAUUUGAACGUUGAUGAAAUCAAUUCAAUUAUUUCUGAGUUUCUCACUUGACGAAAAUUUACUCAGGCAAUUUUUGACAGAACCUUAUUGAUAUUUGAAGGAAGAGAAGAAUAAAUGUUGGACUACAUAAUAUUUAGAUAAAAUAUUUUAAAGAAGUAACGAAGCAAUAUAUUUUUUUGACUGCUAUGUUGAUUGCAGUGAUUCGAUUGCAAGCGUACGAACAUGAUGUUGAGAAUGGUGUGUCCAAAAUGCCAUCAUCAUUUUCCUGUAUUGGGAUGCUGUUUAAAAUGGAAUGAUGAAACUAAUCAAAAGGAAAUGAAGGAAGAGGAGAAGGAAGAAAAGAAGAAAAAGGAGAAGGAAAAGGAAAAGAAUGAAGAAGAAAAGAAAGAAAAAGAAGAAAAGAAGAAAGAAGAGGUGAGAAAGGAAGAAGAAGGUGAAGAAGAGGAAGAAGAUGAAGAAGAAGAAGAAGAGGAAGAGGAAGAGGAAGAAGAAGAGGAAGAGGAAGAAGAAGAGAAAAAGAAAGAGAAGAUGACUGCUAAUACUAUCUGUUCAAAGGCGGCAACCUAUUAUGUUAGUAGUCUCCCAGUGUCCCAUGGCUGCACCAGCGACAGCAGUUGUUUUAUAAAUCCAUCUACAAAGAUUCAGGAACCCACCAUCUUUCAAUCGCGUGCAGUCAACUGCGGCUCCAAUGUCGAAAUUACUGAUUCUGAUACACUGGAACUCUUCUAUGACAUACAGACGUCAAUAAAACAUAAUCACCAUCCGCUGUUAACAUCUCCAAUAUAUCAAUUAAAUGAUCAAGAUCCCUUUAUUACAAUGACAGAAAAUCUUAAUUAUGAGAUGGCAUCUUCGGAGCAAUAUAUCGCAUCUACGUGCGAGCUCACUGGCGGCAGCGUCACGAUUGCUACACCUGAUAUACAGUCAGGUGGUUGUCUAAUACAACAUACAGAACCCGAAAUUCUAGUACAAGCUUCGCAAAUCAAAAUUGAACCAAAGCUUACUGGCGGCGGUUGUCUUGUGCAGAAGAAACUGACCGAGGAAAAUCAACGAUUGGUAACAUCUAAAUGUACAAAAAACUUCGCAGCUGUUAAUAAUCGGACAUUUGUUACGCCUCCCAACGGUUAUUCAGAAUUGCCUGCGAAUAUAAGGGUCAUAUCAUCUGGGACGAUAAGAGAUAACGAAAAUAAUGUAAUAACAAGUGCUGAAUCAAGACCACGAAAAAUACCGAACACGAUCAAAAUAAAUAAUUGCUGCGAUUGCAAAAGUACAUUUCAGCAGAACCAUUGUCAAUACCAUCAUAGACGAAUAUUUGAUGCAUCUCUCGCGGAUAAUCGUGACUCAUUGCUACUGGAGCCUAUCGGUAGUAGCGUACAAUUUCGAGUAAAUGCUACUGUGCAGCUACCUGCCAAUCUGGGUCAGUGUACGGUAAACAUUACAGCGACAACGACAACGCCGCCGAACCAAGUUGUAGCGAUGAAAUUGCCAGGUCGUGGUAGAAAUAACUUUCACGGAGGUGGUCUCGUGCAACCGAACGAGUUGGACUGCGCAAUGGUGAAUCAGAUUGUCGCAGAAAACAACAAAAGUUGUAAUAAUACCGAGCAAGUGGAUGAAACAUUGACAACUCCGGUAUCCUGGCCACUGACUGCCUGGAGCCCGGACGUACAUGUAAAUAGAUUACGCGAAGUAAAAAGAUUACUGCAGAUUUGUGGUUGGUAUCAUGAGGGUAUCAGUCGACAGCAAAGUGAAAACCUUUUAAAAGACGCAUCGAUAGGUCGAUGGCUAAUGAGAGACAGUUCGGAUUACAGAUUCACUUUUGCGGUAUCUGUAAAAACAACUAAAGGCCCUGCUUCUAUUAGAGUACACUAUUUUCUCGAACAUUUUCGGCUUGAAACUACUGACCCUAAGUUAGCAUUGGCGAUGCCAUUUUUUGAUUGUCCUAUUAAAAUGUUGGAGUACUAUGUCGCGUAUUCAAAAAGGAUGGAUGAACAUCGUAGGGAAGUGUGGGUCGACUAUAGUGGACAGCUGUAUAGCCAGAUCUAUUUGACUAGUCCUCUUGUCAAAGAAGUUAGAUCACUGUCGCAUUUAGCUAGACUCGCCGUGAAUCGAAACAAGUUGCCUAUUGACUGUUUACCAUUAUUAAUUAAAAACUAUAUCAAGGAAUAUCCAUAUACGCUUUGAGUGUAAUCAUGAUACGUUUAUCUUCCGAGAUGUGUGUGUGUGUGUGUGUGUGUGUGUGUGUGUGUGUAUUUGUGUACAUA